UCAGAUUGCUUAUUAAAAGGCAGAGACUAGAGUUCACAUCAGAUUGGUAAAAGGUAACUACAAAAAUGAAACAGUUUCUUGCUUCUCUGUGUGUACUGGGAACGUUUCUACAUGCCUUGGCUCCAUGCACUGUCCCAGCCUCAGAGUUCCAGCUGGACGGAGAUUAUUUGUUAGGUGGACUUUUUGAUGUCCAUCAUGUCAAUGCUCCUGUUUAUCACGAUAGACCAGAAGCCAUUGACUGCUCCAGUCAACCCUUCAUUCUGUCAAGUUAUCGGAGGUUUCAGUUGAUGAGAUUCUCUGUAGAGGAAAUCAAUAACUCCACCGACCUCCUGCCGAAUGUAUCUCUCGGCUAUGACAUAAUUGACCACUGCUCAGAUGCAUACAAUUUUCCAGGAAUUUUGAAACUCCUCUCAGUCAGUGGCUUAAUCCAACUUUGGGGUGAACCACACGAGCAUCUGUCCAAAGUGAUAGCACUGGUCGGCCCAUUUUCAAGCACUGACACCCUGACUGUAGCCCCACUGUUCAUGGUGGAUCUCAUUCCUGUGGUCAGUUAUGGAGCUGCUUCCUCUGCCUUUGCAGAGAAAGCAAAAUAUCCCUCUUUCCUACGAACAGUGCAUUCCAAUAAAGACGUCAUAGAAGUGAUUGUUAAAAUUGUUCAACACUUCAACUGGCGCUGGGUUGCUUUCCUUAACAGCGAUGAUGCUUUUGGCAAGGAUGGCCUGGAAUUGUUCAUAAAGAGGAUAAAGGAUACUGAGAUUUGCCUGGCAUACACCAAAGGCCUCACUGCCAAUACAAAUGUCUCACUAAUGUUCAAACAGAUAGAGGCACAGAAGAUAGGUAUCAUUAUUGUUUUUACUCCAAAAUUGACUGCUGAAGAUCUCAUUGAAUCAGCAAUAAAACUAAAUGUCACUAACAAGGUGUGGAUAGCAGGGGACACCUGGUCUUUAAACAAGAGGCUCCCCAAAGAGGAAGGAAUCAGAAAUAUUGGAACUGUACUUGGAGUGUCUCAGCCAGUAGUGACAAUACCUGGUUUCAGUGAUUUUAUCUAUUCUACCAAAAGCCAGACUCAUUGUGAAACUGCAGAGCAAAAUAUGAUUUGUAAUCAGGUUUGCAACUGCAGCAGCCUGACUGCAGAAGAAAUCCUUGCUGUGGACCCAUCUUUCUCUUUUUCUGUUUAUUCUGCUGUGUACGCCAUCGCUCACGCCUUACACAAUGCCUUGAAAUGUGGAGAUGAUAAAUGCAAUGUCAAUAUCACAGUGUACCCAUAUAUGGUUCUAGCAGAGCUGAAGAAGUCAAACUUUACACUUUUAAAUCAAAGUAUUCAAUUCAAUGAGCAUGGUGACCCCACCUUCGGAUCCUAUUCUAUAGUUUACUGGAACCACAGUGGUGAUGCAGAGGAGAUCGGCUUUUAUAAAUUUGCCCCAUCAGUCAAUUUCUUCAUCAACACCACCAAAAUUCAGUGGUACACAAACGGAGAGGUGCCUACUUCACUAUGUUCCCCAGAAUGUGAUGCAGGAUUUGCAAAAAAGCAAGAUGGAAUCCACAGAUGCUGCUUCAAUUGUGAAAUCUGUCCAAAUGAAACUUAUAUCAACAGCACAGAGGAUCCCUACAGGUGCAUCAGCUGUAAGGAGACAGAAUGGUCUGCAGCAGGAAGUACAUCAUGCAGUCUGCGGGUGGUGGAGUACGUCCCAUUCACAGACAGCGGGGCUAUCCUGAUCAUGGUCGGAGCCUGGGCCUUGGUGGGCCUCACACUGGCUGUGUCUGUUCUCUUUGCCAUCAACUACAACACACCUAUUGUCAGAUCUGCUGGCGGACCAAUGUGCUUCCUAAUUUUAGGCUGCCUCAGUCUGUGUAGUCUCAGUGUUUUCUUUCACUUUGAUAAGCCAACAAUCUCCUUUUGUAUCUUAAGGUUCUUACCAUUUCUCUUGUUCUACACCGUUUGUCUAGCAUGUUUUGUUGUGCGCUCUUUUCAGAUUGUUUGCAUUUUCAAAUUAGCCGCAAAAUUCCCCAAAAUCCACAGUUGGUGGAUGAAAUAUCACGGACAAUGGCUGGUCAUCACUGUGGCAUUUGUUAUUCAGGCACUCUUACUUCUUAUUGGCUAUACUUAUGACCCUCCCAAGCCCCACAAUGAAACAUUUUGGUACCCAGACAAAAUCAUACUUGGUUGCGACAUUAAUCUCAAAGCAUCCAUUGGUCCUGUGGGUUUACUUUUCUCUUUGUGCUCCCUUUGCUUUAUUUUCUCCUACAUGGGAAAAGACCUCCCUAAAAAUUACAACGAAGCCAAAGCAAUAACCUUCUGCCUGCUCCUGCUGAUCCUCAACUGGAUCGUCUUUGCCACCGAAUACGUACUUUACCAUGGCAAGUACAUCCAAACUCUUAACGCUCUGGCAGUACUCUUCAGUCUGUACUCCUUUCUUUUGUUUUAUUUCCUCCCAAAAUGCUACAUCAUCAUUUUUCAACCCCACAGAAACACACAGGAGUACUUCCAAGGUCUCAUUCAGAAUUAUACCAAAACAAUCAGCCAGUAGCUGCUUCCAUUAAAUGUGUGUCUCUACAGACAGAAAAACUGAUGUUUGUUGUUUUUCUUCCAUGCUCGUUUUGAUUUAUUUACGUAGUUUGUUAAUUUUUGAGAACUAUAUCAAUAAUUCCUAGAAAUUAGUUGCAAGAUACAGUUAGAGACAUUGUGACAAGAGGUAGGAUGAGAAAGAGCUGUUGAAUCUUUUUAAAUGACUAAUACAACAGAAAAUGUGCUUGUAAUGUUGUUGGUAUAUGGAUUAAAACAUAAACUGUGAGAUUCGAUGUACACUACUGUAUACUUUAAAUGUGCUCAUUCAUAUUAGGUCUUAUAUGUAAUGUGUUCAGCCUCAGGAGAUUAAAUCACAGUA